UGUCCACUCGCCGCCGCCGCCAACAGGACUGUGCGACAACUCGACUCUGGCUCGACCUUUGUAGCGACCAUCUCACCUCCCUUUGACACACUCCCUCUCCACGUAUCAACGCCCACACAGCACACCCGCACACUCUCAGCCACGUCGGUCAUCACGACAACUCCUCGGGACAAACAUCGUCCAUCCCAGACACAAUCAUGUCCCUGGUAGACACGGCACCCCCACCAUCGGACGAGGUCGCUGCCGCAGUGGCCCUCGCCCUCGACGAUUCGCACGAGCCCCUCUCUGCAUCGUCAGACGUGGUUAUCGACGACAACGCCCACGACCACGACCAUGACCAUGACCACGACGGCGAGGACGAGGCUGACGACGACGACGAAGCCGACGCCCACACGGCCGUUCCCGCCACCGACGACUCGGCCGGCGCGGGAGACAAGCCCACCCCGCGCAAGGACGCCGCAGCGGCCAAGGACCGCGGAGAGGACAAGGAGAACGGACCCGCCGUGCGCAAGGAAGGGGGCGUCAAGAAGGUCCUCAAGAGCGGCGUGUUUGGCGGCUCGCCGAAGAGCAAGGUCGUCGCCUCGCCGCGCAAGGCCCCGACCAAGCCCGUUGCCGCUCCCCGCCCGUCGCUCGCCAACCGCAAGCCCCUAACGGCGCCGACGGCUGCCUCGGCGGCGCGCACGGCAGGUGUGGCGGCUCACCCGACUCUGGCAUCGCACCCUCCCCGCCCAAAGACGGCGUCCUCGGCCUCGACGGGACCCGACUCUCCCAUCGCACGCCCACGUCCGCUUGUCGCUUCGGCCACGGGCGCCUCGACAACUUCCACGACUGUGCCCAAGGCGCGCUCGAGCACUGGCCCCGCCUCGACAGUUGGCACCACGACCACCACACGGGUGCGCCCCGCGCUCACCAAGCCUGCGGUUCCGACCGCACGGUCCACCGUGGGUGCUGCCCCAACAAAGGCACGUUCGACCAUCACUCCCCCUGCGUCGGCGUCCACCAUUGUCAGCCAGGGCACACCAAGCUCGGCGGCCACUAGCACUGUCUCGUCGACCCGCACUACUACCCUCACGGCCAAGCCCGAAGUCAAGGCGACACCCAAGGCUGCUCGUCCUAGCCUGUCCGCUUCGACCACGGCGACGCCACGCACGGGCUCGCUGCACAAGCCGACAUCCUCGAGCAUUUCAUCCAUCAGCCGUACCCGUCCGAGUGUCGUUUCGGCUUCUGCCCCAGCUGCUGGCACCGCUGCCGCGCGCAAGGCCGCCGCCGAGGCCGAGGUGCAGGCCCGUAUCGACGAGCUCACCAAGCGCUUUGAGGAGGAGAAGACUGCCCUCGAGGCCAAGAUUGUCUCUGCCACCGAGGAGGCCGACAAGGCCCAUGGCGAGGCCAAGGUCCUCCUCGAAGGGCAGAUUGCCGACCUGACCAAGGAGCGCGAUGAGAUCCAGCCCAGGGUUGCGGACCUCGAGUCCAAGUUUGCCGAGGCCCACUCGUCACGGGAACAGGUGCAGACCAAGCUCGCCGACUUGACGGCUGAGCGCGAGCGCGAGGCCAACGAGGCUCGUGAUGCUCGCGACGCCCUCGCUACCGAGCACGAGUCGCAGGUAAAGGAGCUCGCUGCCGCGCGCGACCGCUUCGAGGAGGAAGUGCGUACUGUCCGCGCCGAGCUGUCCGAGGCCAAGGCCGCGCACUCUACGGUCGAGGUGACUCUGGCUGGUGUCCAGGCCGAGCUUGCCACCAAGGUCGCCGAGUUUGAGGCUGCGCUGGCCAAGGCCAGCGAGGAGCGCGCCGCGCUCCAGACCAAGCUUGACAAGCUGUCCUCUCUCAAGGAUAAGCUCGAGGCUGAGAUUGCCGACGGCGCCGAGGAGGCCGAGAAGAGCUUCCGUGGACUGGAGGGUCUUGAGGGCAAGGUCAAGGAGCUGGAGACUGAGCGUGACGAGUUGCGCGAGGAGCUCGAGGCCGAGCGCAAGGCGCAUGGUGACAAGGUCGGUGCAUGGGAGAAGGAGCGCACUGGCUUGCAGGGUGAGCUCGGUGUCCAUACCGAGCAAGCCUCUGCCCAUGCCAAGGCGAUUGCAGAGUCGGCGGGUGUGGUUGAGGCAAAGGACAAGGAGCUCAAGGAGCUGAAGGCUGCCCACGACAAGGCCGUUGCCGCCCACGCCGACCUUGUCGCUUCGACCACUGCGCACGAGGAGAGCAUUACCGACCUCAAGCGCCAGCUCGAGGAGGCCAAUGCCAAGGUGUCCGCUUCUGCUGGUGCCGAGGGCGAGUCUGACAAGCUGCGUGCGUCGCUCAAGGCUGCGGAGAAGGAGCGUGAUGAUCUCCAGGCCAAGGUCACCGCCGUGCAGAAGGCCAAGGACUCGCUCGAGGAGGCCAAGCAGGUCGCUGACGCCAAGGAGCAGUCGCUCCAGGGCGUCAUUACCUCGCUUGAGAAGAGCCUCGAGUCGGCAAAGGCCGAGCACGACGCUGCGCUCGCCGCUGCCCUCAAGGCCGCGCAGGAGGCUGCUACAGCCAAGAACAACUCUGCGCUGGAGGCUCUUCGCAAUGAGCACGCUGCGGAGGCUAUCAAGCUCAAGGAGGGCCACGCCAAGGAGGUCGACGCGCUCAAGGCCUCGCACGCCAAGGAGAUUGACGCGCUCAACAAGUCUCAUGCCGAUGCUCUCGCCGCCUCGAGCACUGCUGCCUCUGCCGAGCUCACUGCAACCCACACCAAGGCCAUUGACGAGCUCAAGCAGGCCCACGCCAAGGAGGUCGAGGGCAUCAAGCAGGCCCACGAGAAGGCCCUGGGCGAGGCCCAUGUCAACGCCGUCGACCAGCUCCAGACUACCCACGACGAGAAGAUCCAGGCCAUCAAGUCGGCGCACGCUGCCGAGCUCUCCGACGCCCACGUCAACGCCGUCGACCAGCUGCAGAGCACUCACGAGGAGGCGAUCCAGGCUCUCAAGGAUGGUCACGCCAAGGAGCUUACCGAGAAGGCUUCGGCUUCGGACAAGCAGGCCGCUUCGCACGCCGACGUGGUCAAGGAGCUUACUGCCAAGCACGAGGCUGCCCUUGCCGCGGCCGUCGCUGCUGCCACCAAGGCAGCUGCUGACAAGGCCGCUGCCGACCACGCCAAGGAGCUCGAGGCCGUCAACGCUACCCACUCCAAGGCUGCCGCGUCGGCCAAGGAGGCCGCUGCUGCCGAGCUCGAGGCUCUGAAGGCUACCCACUCCAAGGCCGUCGGUUCGGCCAAGGAGUCGGCCGCGGCUGAGCUCUUGGCUGUGCAGUCUGCCCACGACAAGGCCUUGCGUUCGCUGGAGGAGGCCCAGGAUGGCCGUGAGGCCGCCAACGCCGAGCUCACCGCCUCGAACAAGUUGUUGAACGACACUGAGAAGACUGUGGCGCAGCUCAAGACGCAGCUCGACGACACGCAAAAGGAGCUCAUCGCCAUCAAGAAGCUGACUCCUCCACCCUCGCCUACAAAGGCCAACGAGGAGUUGCGCCGGGUCAAGGAGGCGCUCUUUGCUCGGACAGAGGAGCUUGAGGGCAUGAACCAGGUGAUUGAGGGUAACCGAAAAGACUUCAAGGACACGCUCGAAACCCUCGACAAGGAGCACGCUGCCCAGCUGGAAGCUCUCAACAAGGCGCACGCCGAGGCGCUUGCCGCGCAGGCGUCCAAGGCGUCCGAGACACACGCCGCGCUCCAGGCCGAGCUUGCGGCGCUCGCCGCCGAAAGACAGUCCAAGGCGCUGACGCCUGCCGAGAAGGGGGAGACUACGCAAGAAUCUAUUCCCGCUGAUAACGACGCCUAGACUACGAUUUAAAGUUCAAGUACGCGCCAGCCUGUAACGAGCGCACCUGUAGGCGGUCCGGGACACUAUGGCAUUUCGACACGCUACCUCCAUGACUAAUCCACAUGCAUUACUGUAUACAAUG